GAUCGGCCCAUAUGUUCACAACUUUGUCUUGCAUGCAGUUUGGUCUUUUUCUUGUCCUGAAUGUAGGAAACACGACAACAGAGACCCUGCAGAGACCGAGCUCAAGUCAUGGAGAACGGCCGUGCAAGUACGAAACCAAUUUCACAAGUGACAUGCACAGCCCCUGUGAACAUCGCAGUCAUCAAGUACUGGGGGAAGCGAGAUGAGCAGCUCGUCCUGCCCAUCAACCCCUCCCUUAGCGUCACCCUGUCUCAGGACCAGCUGUGCACUCGCACCACCGUGGCUGCCAGCGUCGACUUCAAGAGGGACCGCAUCUGGCUCAACGGGCAGGAGCAGUCCAUCGACACGCCCAGGCUGCAGAAGUGUCUCGGGGAGAUCCGACGGCUCGCAAGGAAGCGGAAGCACGAGGAGGAGAGGUCCGGUGACCUGCUGGGCUGCUGCGUCCACAUCUGCUCGGAGAACAACUUCCCGACCGCGGCGGGGCUGGCGUCCUCGGCAGCGGGGUACGCCUGUCUGGUGCAGUCGCUGGCCCGGCUGUUCGGGAUAGACGGAGACGUGUCGCACAUCGCGAGGCAGGGCUCCGGGAGCGCCUGCCGCAGCAUGUAUGGCGGGUUCGUGGAGUGGACCAUGGGGAGGGCGGAGGACGGGUCGGACAGCGUCGCGAAACAGGUGGCCCCCGCCGAGCACUGGCCGGAGCUCCGGGUGCUGGUGGUGGUGGUGAACGCCGGGAAGAAGGCGGUCGGCAGCACGGAGGGGAUGCAGACCACGGUGAGGACGAGCGCGCUGGUGGCGUACAGGGCCGAGCACGUGGUCCCGUCCCGACAGGACGACAUGAAGCGGGCCGUCCUGGACAGGGACUUCCAGGCGUUCGGGGAGAUCACCAUGAGGGACAGCAACCAGUUCCACGCCACGUGCCUGGACACCUACCCGCCCAUAUUCUACCUCAACGAGACGUCCAAGCAGAUCAUCCACCUGGUGCACAGGUAUAACCGCCACCACGGGAAGGUCAAGGCCGCGUACACGUUCGACGCCGGGCCCAACGCCGUGCUGUACCUCCUACAGGACGACGUGCCCGAGGUGUUGGCACUACUCAAACACUUCUUCCCCGCAAACGCUAACAACGACUCGGAACGUACGUUUGUCCGCGGCCUGCCAGACGUAUGCAGGAAGGACGUUUCAUCGGACCUGCUGGACUCGGUCGGUUUGGAGCCCUCGCCGGGCGCGGUGCAGUACAUCAUCCACACCAAGGCAGGACAGGAUCCACAGGUCCUCACAAACCCUCAACAGGCACUGCUGGAUGAGAACGGAUGGCCGAAGAAACAAAACUAGAAGCAUUUCAAGCCAUCAGCAUGUCUGAAGAGUUAGUAGGACAAACAAGACAUUGAUCUUUUUAAGAGGUGAAUAAACAUUUUUUAAAUUAUUGGACUCUAACAAGACAAUGUGUAACAAGACAUAUUGUCAACUUAUAUUAUAAAAUUUCAUUGCUGUAUUAUAAAAUCUGCUACUGAAUCUUCCUGGCCCUAGUCUACAACUGACCUAUGUGAUGUACAUGUUGAUCUAUUUGAUGAUUCCAAUCAGAAGCCAAAAUACUUUUUAAAGCCAUUUUUUAAAUCGUUAGGCAUGUGUUAAGUGCAGCUGGGGUCAGAGCACUAUACUGAAGCUAGUUACACAUGUUUGGGAAGUUUGGGAAAAUGAAAGUCCUCUACAAUGAAGCUUUGUAAAUCCAUGAACAAAUGUUUCUAUGCCAAUUAUCACAUUAUAUGUAGUACUUACAAAUAAACCUCUGAUGAUUCUAAUA